GGUCCCGCAAGUCACAAACGGGGUGGGCCUUUGCUGACUUUGUCUGACCUCCACGAGAAGAACAAACGUCCUAGCGGACGAGAUAGGAGAUUGCAAGCGAAUGCCCUUUUAAAGACUGCGAUAUCACGCCCUCAUUCUGUGCAAGGCCGCACUCUGGCAUUGAACUGCACGUCUCCAUCCAUGGACGUCCAACAUCAAAGCCCAUCCAGCAAUGUUUUGGUUGCGCGAAUGAGGAAGCCACAUGGCCAAGGUGAAACGCUUGUCCCUCAACUUAUUGUAACUGCUUGGCUUGUUCCCGUCUUCCCCGCCAUAUUUGUCUGCGCUAGAUUUUACACGACCCGCCGCAUCCUAAAAUCCAAGCCAAAGGAAGAUUGGUACAUUCUCGUUGCGUUGAUAUUCUCCAUCCUCUUCUCAGUAUCCGUGACGAUACAAACGCAAUAUGGGCUUGGUAGGCAUUUGGAUGACCUUCCAGAUUUCAAAAAUACCUACACCAAGUAUCUUCUCGUCAGCGCAUUUGGAGUCACUGGCACGUAUCCAAUUGCCAACUUCUUCACCAAAUUCUCAAUUCUCUCUUUCUACCUGCGCUUUACGACGAGCCGUUGCUUCACUUAUACCGUCUAUCUCACCAUUGCUCUCGUCUUUGCCUUCAAUCUUGUCGGACUAACAGGCGUCCUUUAUUGGUGCCAACCGAUCGAGACCUUCUGGAAGCAUUGGGAGGGAGGAAAAUGUAUAAACAGUGAUACCUGGUAUAUAUGGCUCCUGGGAAUCAAUGUUGUGACCGACGUCAUUAUCUUGUUGCUGCCCACAUUUAUCAUCAGGCCCUUGAGAGUGGCGUUCGCUCAAAAGGUUGCCAUCGGCGCUAUCCUGGGGACAGGCGGCUUCGUGCUGGGAGUCAGCCUUUUUCGCUUCAUCUUGGCCAUCCAGGGUAGGGAAGAUGAAGAUCGUACUUGGCGCCUGUCAUUCAACUAUAUCUGGGGCAUGAUAGAAAUGAACGUCGCCAUCAUAUGCGCUUGCAUGCCCUGUCUAAAGCCAUUGCUCGUACGCGUCUUUCCUCGAGCUCGCUGGCUGAGAGCAGUCCCGCAACUGAGAGACUUGGAAACUAUAUCAGACGCCAGCAUGACGGACCGAGACAACUCAAUCGAUGUAGCGCAAAGGCGGAUCGACUGGACAGCAUUGCGGGCAAGCCAUGCUGUAGAGAAUGACGCAGAAGUAGCGCCAACAGACCUGACGUCCAUCGAAGAUGUAGUUAAUCCAGAAAGAGGAGGGUCAGGGGACCGAAAUCAGGACAAGCACCAGGCGACAGCUCCGGCAACAACAUCUGGAAGCACAAGCUAGACAACGUCUUCAAAAUUCUACAUACCACCCUUUGAUACCAGUCAAACACCAAAAACAGAAGUACCUUGACCCGUCACGAACCGCUUACUGACCCAUUCACUCAACCCUCUUUGCAUUCAACGCCAUCGCAACCGGAUCAUUAUCAUCCUCCAUCUCCUCCCACUCCUUCAUCGUCAUCCUCUUCACCUUCUUCUUCCCAGUCCUUUCCCUCUCCGCCUCCGCCUUGGCGAUCUCCAGCUCCUGGAACACGUUCGGAUCCCUCUGCACCAUCACUUGCGGCGGGAUCCACAUCCGCUUCUUCUCCUCGGGCUCCUGAUUCCAGAUCCGGCCAAAGUCCGCAAUUUCCUCCUGCUCCUCUUGCUCCUCCUGCUGCUUCCUCUGCAAUUCGUCGCUUCC